GGGCCGUGCUGUGCUGUGCUGGGCCGGGCCGGGCCGGAGCCAUGUCGGUGCGGACGCUGCCGCUGCUGUUCCUGAACCUGGGCGGGGAGAUGCUCUACAUCCUGGACCAGCGGCUGCGCGCCCAGAGCAUCCCCGGCGAGAAGGCGCGCAAAGUUAUGAACGACAUCAUCAGCACCAUGUUCAACAAGAAAUUCAUGGAGGAGCUGUUCAAACCGCAGGAUCUGUACUCCAAGAAAGCCCUGCGCACCGUGUACGACCGGCUGGCCCACGCCUCCAUCAUGAGACUCAACCAGGCCAGCAUGGACAAGCUCUACGACCUCAUGACUAUGGCCUUCAAAUACCAAGUGCUGCUGUGCCCACGGCCCAGGGACAUUCUGCUGGUCACCUUCAACCACCUGGAUGCCAUCAAGGAUUUCAUCUCCGACUCCCCUGGCAUUCUGAACCAGGUGGAUGAGACCUUCCGGCGGCUGAUCGAGACCUACAACUGUCUCUCUGAUGGUGAAUUCCAGCUCAUCAGGCAAACACUUCUCAUUUUCUUCCAGGACAUGCACAUCAGGGUCUCCAUCUUCCUGAAGGAUAAAGUGCAAAACUCCAACGGUCGCUUCGUGCUGCCAGUCUCAGGGCCUGUCCCCUGGGGCACAGAGGUGCCAGGGCUCAUCAGGAUAUUCAAUCACAAAGGAGUGGAAGUUAAAAGGGCUGAGUUCACCACUGCUGGGAAUUAUGUUACUCCACAAAGGGAAGGAUCUUUUGAGCUUUAUGGAGACAGAGUCCUCAAACUUGGAACAAAUAUGUACAGCGUGACCCGGCCAGUGGAGACACACAUGUCAGGCUCAUCCAAAAACCUGGCAUCCCAGGCAAAGGAGAACAUAGCCCCCAACCCUCUUGCUAAAGAAGAGCUGAACUUUUUGGCCCGGCUGCUGGGAGGUUUGGACAUCCAGAAACCCGCUGGUGGCGAGUCGGGAUUUCGGCUGAACUUGUUCACCACCGACGAGGAGGAGGAACACGCUGCACAGACCAGGCCAGAGGAGUUGUCCUACAAGGUUAUCAACAUUGAAGCCACACAGGAGCCGGCGCGGCGGGCGGAGCUGUCCCGCAUCCUGGGCGAGCUGGACGUGGCGGAGCCGCGCCCGGGCAGCGGCGAGAAGGGCGAGGACCUGCUGGCACUGAUGGACGGGCUCUGAGCGGGACACGGGGACACCGGGACACGCGGACAGCGGGACGCUGGGACACACGGACAGCGGGACACACGGACAGCGGGGCAUGGGAACAUUGGAACACGCGGACACCGGGACAUAGGGAUAUUGGGACACGCGGACAACGGGACAUUGGGACACGCGGACAAUGGGACAUGCGGACAACGGGACAUAGGGAUAUUGGGACACGCGGACAACGGGACAUGGGUACAACUGGAGUUGGGGACAUUGUGACACCGGGACACACCGACACCGAGACUUGGGGACAUUGUGACACCGGGACACGCGGAAAAAGGGACACUGAGACACGCGGACAAUGGGACACGCGGACACCGGGACAUGGGUACAACUGGAGUUGGGGACAUUGUGACACCGGGACACACGGACAAUGGGACACGCGGACACCGGGACAUGGGUACAACUGGAGUUGGGGACAUUGUGACACCCGGACACACGGACACCGCGCGUGGCCGCCCCGCCCCUUCCAGCCUCAG